UUUACAACAAGCAAAACAUGCAGUCUUUUAAAAUCGCAACCCUUUUUGCCAUCGUUCUGUUGGCCCAGAACGCCAAAGCUGGAUCCUUGAGCUUCGGAUCCCUGAUGGGGGAUGUGUCCCAAGUGGCAGUUGCUGGGGAGAAGGUCAUCCACCAGCUGGAAAACGCCGUAGCCAGUUCCCAAUCAGAUUUUGUGGAACCCAGCACCCUAAAUAUCCUCAGCGAUAUGGGAAACGCCUUGGGAGAUCUGGCUAACGCCAUCACCAGUCUCAGAUUCGAGGAUGAUUACAUGCAACCCGAGGCUACCAAUCUUCUUGGCGACGUUCUGGGUGGAGUGGGCACUGGUCUUGGAGAUUUGGCAAAUGCCAUAACCAGUCUCAGUGUGCAAAUGAAGACCCCUACCCAAUCCCGUAGUAUUUCGUCCGAUGGUGCUUCUAUCAUUGCCGAAGGAGGGGCCAUAAGUGCCAAGACAAUUGCCGCAGCUGCCGAUGCCGCUGCCCCCUAUAUAAAGCAGCUUAAUAAUGGCCUGGGCGAUCUGGCUAAUGCCAUCACCAGCCUCUGAGGAACUUUGAAGCAGUUCAAUUAACAAAUAAAUAUUCAAUCGCUCAAAAGCUUA